GAGACAUAAUGAGAGUCUGUGCUGCUGAACAGAAAACAGAUAACAACAAAGAGCCCCCCACUUUUCAGCAGAUCUCUAGGAACGAGAGAACUCUGGUAUCCCAAACCAGGACCACACAACCACCAAGACAGUCAUGCACACAUGUACAACCCAAAACAGCCAGGAACCCAAGUUCAUUUAACUGUCAGAUAUCAAAACAAGAAUACUCAGUGAAUGAAUUGUCCUAUAAAAGUAUGACAUCAGCUUGUCCCACUGCUGCGACUUCUGGAACUUCAAAGAGAUCAGUCAAGGCACCCACUUCAAAGCCAUCGAGGUCCAUUAGCUCUCCCACUAUUACCAAAUCCGAAGCUUACUGUGGACCACAGCAAUUGUUCUCCCCAUCACCACAUUCACAGUCCGAGAUCCCCACAUCUUCACACUUGACUUUUCUAUUUUCAGCUGAUGUAUCAGCUUUGGAAGGUAACGCAUCAGCAAUCCCAGAAGAGCAUCGUUCUCCUUCUCCAUCGGCAUCCUUUUCCCUGAGGUCUACCUUCACUGUCUCAGCAUCGAGCUCUUCUCCGUCAACCUUAUUGCCCAAGGUUUACCACUCAACCCCAUUACCAAACGGCUCAGACUCAGACUCAUCUCUCUUGUCAGUACAACCCCAAUCCUCUCAGUUAUUUGCAGAACCAAUCCCGUCUUCAAACCUUUGUGAAGCACCAAGAGGCCAUCUGUUGUCCCCACAGCAAUCUCACCAUUUCAAGUGUGACCCAGAGAGUCUUCUAUUAGAAAAUCAGCUCACACAUUCUUUGUCAGCCGUUUCUGCCAGAUCAUAUCCAUCACUACCAUCUCUGGAGCCAAUUCUAUCACGAAACAGCCCUGUCCCAAGUGGAGUAUCUCCUAAUUCCUACCAUGGGUCCAAUCUAAAACAUAGUAAUGCUGCAUCUGUGACCUCUACCCCAGAACCUGUUCACCACAAAUCAACUCUUUUAAAUGCCACCCAGAAUCCUAUAAAAACGGCUGAGGAGGAGACAUUGACAACAGACAGUGAAGAUGAAAUAUCCAGUGAUAGCCUGGGUCUGGUUCUACAUGAAGAAGACACUUCAGACGAGGAAGCGCAGAUGGAAGGGCUUUUGAUGAGAGAGAAUUUCAUAGAAAAAGAGGUGACGCAAAACCAGAGUGUUGGGACUGGAUCAAAGCUGUUCUGUGAUCUGGAUGGGUUUUCGCCUCUGGGUUUGGACAUGGAGACUGGUCAUCCUGAAUCACCAGAACAUGUCUACUGCGACCGACUUAACACAUGCCAGUCAUCGGUGCAUGCCUUGGAUCCAACAGCUACACAGAAAAUCAUGGAUAUCUGUAAUGAAAACCAGACAGGUUGUGAGGAGCCUGAUGUGGAUACAGACACAACCGCACACAUACUGGACAGCCUGGAAAAGGAACGCAGAGUCAUAACAAAGGGGGGUCAGGUACUGGAUAUGGGAGACGGCGAAACUCAAAAGCAGCAUGAAAGGCCUUUGUUCAUGUGAUAGAUGUCUUCUGGCAACGCCUGGAACCCGAGAUAUGGCCCUUUCUCCCCUGCCGCUGGGUCACAGGAGUACAACAGUUUCCAGACGGUUUCUCAUCCUGAAGUGUGAA